CAUCCACCCAGAAGCAACAACUCUACUCCAUCACCCACAGUCCGAAUAGACUCGGCAACGUCGACGCGAUAAACCCAUCGACGACGGCGCCCAUCUCGUCCCCUACUGGCGGUCAACACACACACCGCGCAUAGACACCAACACUUGUGCUCUCAUAGUCGUCGCGUCAGGCUCCACGACACAACACCACCUUUUGUCACUACAAUAAACAAGACCGCAUCAUGUCGUCCAACGACGAGGUCGACGGCUGGAUCGCCCAGCUCAUGCAGUGCAAGCCGCUGAGCGAGACCGAGGUCAAGAAGCUCUGCGACAAGGCCCGUGAGGUCCUCAUGGAGGAGUCCAACGUUCAGCCCGUACGCUGCCCCGUGACCGUCUGUGGUGACAUCCACGGCCAGUUUCACGACCUGUCCGAGCUGUUCCGCAUCGGCGGCAACUCGCCAGACACAAAUUAUCUGUUCAUGGGCGACUAUGUCGACCGUGGCUACUACUCUGUCGAGACGGUCACGUUGCUCGUUGCCCUCAAGCUCCGCUACCGCGACCGAGUGACCAUUCUCCGUGGCAACCACGAGUCGCGCCAGAUUACCCAGGUGUACGGCUUCUACGACGAGUGCCUGCGCAAGUACGGCAACGCCAACGUGUGGAAGUUCUUCACCGACUUGUUCGACUACCUCCCCCUGACUGCUCUCAUCGACAACCAGAUCUUCUGUCUCCACGGCGGUCUGUCGCCCUCGAUCGACACGCUCGACCACAUCCGCUCGAUUGACCGUAUCCAGGAGGUGCCUCACGAGGGCCCCAUGUGUGACUUGCUCUGGUCUGACCCCGACGACCGUUGCGGCUGGGGCAUCUCGCCCCGUGGUGCUGGUUACACGUUCGGCCAGGACAUUUCCGAGGCGUUCAACCACAACAACGGUCUUACGCUGGUCGCCCGUGCCCACCAGCUUGUCAUGGAAGGCUUCUCGUGGUCCCAGGAGCGCAACGUUGUCACCAUCUUCUCGGCGCCCAACUACUGCUACCGCUGCGGUAACCAGGCUGCCAUCCUCGAGGUCGACGAUGCGCUCAAGUACACCUUCCUUCAGUUCGACCCCGCACCGCGCGCAGGAGAGCCCCUGGUCUCGCGCCGUCCUCCAGACUACUUCCUGUAGACGUCUCCUCGCAUCACGUUAGCAUACGAGCCCACCACCACCACAUAACAAGAACCUUUCCGCCCGAUUCUCCGUUUCCGACUGCCCCGUCCCGCACGAUUCUCUGCUUCCCCGCCAAAUCUCGCAACAACCAAACAUUAGUUUAUCGAGUGUGUAGGGCCAUGGCUCCCCAUCCCAUGUCCCCGCGCUCGUGUACAGUUUCCACGUCAAGAAGAAGAAAAAAGAUAAAGAGAUGACGCCCCACGUAGACGUUUGGCGCUUGCCCGUGGCUUGCGCAGCAGCAGGUGGUGGACGGAUAUGAAGUAAAAUGUCUGUCUGCUGCCUGGGCAAGCUUUGCUGGAUGCGACCAAAUACCCCCAAUACCCUUCUGAUGAGCUAGUGAGCUAGUGGAGAGAUGUAGUCAUGGCGGUGU